CGCGAAAUUGUCUGACAAUUGAAAUUGAUAUAUCAGGUUUUUUUUUGGGGUUGCCACUGACAUGAAUAUCGACACACAGGUGACGGUCGUUGUCGGUGGAUGUGUAUAAGUGUGUAUUUUGAGCGAAUGUGUGAUUGUUUGUAUGUGUCGUUCUCCCAGUUUGUCUAUGCUCUGCGAACUUGCACUUAUCCUUGUAUCAGAAGUUAUAUGACGCACACACGCAAAGCGCUUCGAACAAACUAAAACAAAGAGAGUAAAGGCACGGUAAAUAGAACAACACAAGACAUCUAGAUAGAGGGCGUGCGCAUGAUGAAUGACCAAUACACACAUUGAACAGAGUGUAUUGGAACGUAGUUGUAGAGCAUACAGCAGCAGCAGAGUCAACAGCAAUAAUUGCUGUAGAGUAUCACAAGCACUUCAAUAAACGGCGCACACAGUUCAACAAAAGUGCUCAAAAUGAACGGAGAUGAGAAGUAAAAACGAAAAAAAAACAGUAGCAAAAACAAUACCAACGAAUCAUUUAGCGAACAGAAAAAGUUAGUGAAACAAAUCAUCAUUUUUGUGCAAAAUUUGUUGGUUAUUCUUUUUUUUCUCCAUUUGACCGUGGUCUUGGUUCAGUUUGAAUAUCUCUUUUCAAAAUUCAUUCUCAGUGUCAGUCGAUUAUACACUUCGUUCUUCUUUUUUUUUCCUUCAUACAUACACAUACACACACACACAUUGCAUUGGUAUUUGUAUUUUCCAUUCAAAAUUCAGUGGCAUAGACAGUGCAGUAUGUGUACAUAACACCGAAUACACACAGAAAAAUCUGCUGAGAAGCUGCGAUCAGUGGAAUGAAAUAGAAAUAAAGAGAAAAAAAAUAUUAAUGUUUAUUGUGCGUCGAAACAACUUGGUUAUUUUGAUAUACAUAUACGUACGGUAAAAUAGCAGAAGCUAAACAUUAUCAUCAUCUCACCAACAACGAAAUCAAAUACAGACAUUUUUUUUUAAAUUUCUCGUGUAAAUGAGAAGGAGAGAAAGAGAGAGGCAAGUAGAAGAUCAGAAAAAUCAGAACUGACACAAGCGGGGAGAAGCAAGAUGAAAAAUAUAGAACAAAAACAAGCGGAAUAAGAUAAUGUACAGCCAGUUGAACGAAAACUAUGUAGUAGACAUAGAGAGCGUGUGUGAAAAUAUACGACUAUGAAAUAGACACAAGAGUGAGAAUUGCAAAAAACAAAACGAAGAAGAAGAAGAAGAAAAAUACAAAACGAGCGAACGAAACGAAGAAUUUACAAAUAAAAUAGAAUUAGGAAACUCAAAACGAAGUUGAGCAUUCGUAUGAACUGGUGUCUGUUUAUUUGUGCAGUGGAAUUUACGAAUCAAAAGCGGAAUCAAUGAAAUUCUUACAAAUCUCUGCACUUCAAACUAACCUGUUAUUGCUUGAUGUGUUAAGAAAAGAAGCAAAAAAAAAGCCAACACAUAGCCAUAGAAUCAACGAGAAAAUCAAGUGCAGUAUCGUGUGCUGUCAUUCAAUGUGGCUUCUGUGAAUUUUCUACUUUCGGUGCGCGAGUAUCUCACCUAAUUUUAUCUCAUUACUUAAUAAUUGCAUAAAGAGUUGUUGUUUUUUUUCGGUGUAAAAAAGAGUGUUUUCUGAGACCCGCGAAAAAGAGAAAAAAAACUUCUGCCAAGAAUCAGAAUUCAUCACCAUCAUCAAUUUGUCGCCAACGCCAUAAUAAUAUAGAUGCGUGGUGGAUUCAGGUCCCGUAGUAAUGAACGAGUAAACCUACGGGAGAAAAUGAUGAACGACACAAUGAUGAAAUUGAUUGAAAGUCGUAGUAUGAUUUUCGAAUUGAAAUUGUGAUGAAAUAUACAAAGAGAACGAGAAUGAAAAAAUGAAACAGUGAUUGUAUCGAUUUUGAUGAACGAACCUCAAUUCAAACUCAAACACGAAAUCGAACAAAAUAAAAGACGUUGAACACCAAUGAGAAGCGAUUUCGUAAAAUAAAUACAGUGUUGUUUUUUUCGCCGAUUCUCUCCUUUUCGAACACACUACCGUGUUCAAGUGAAUUAAUAAUAAGUGAUAAUAAAAGCCGAACCGAAUGACAAAGUGUGUAAAAUCGCGCGCGAAACGAAAAGAAAAGCCACAGCGAUAAGAUAUUUUGUGCGCGGCGUCGGGCAAAUAAUGCACAUCUCAACAAAAUCAACGAAUUUAAGUUUUACGGUACCUGUUACGUCGCAGACACAACGUCAACAUCAACCAGUAUUAGAAUGCCGAAAUUUGGUGGCGCAACACAAUUCGGGGCAAAUCGGUGCAUCCGACGCAUUUGCUACUGCUGACUGUGAUACAGAGGAUGAGGUUAAUACUCUCUCACAUUGUGUGAUUUUAUGUUAAAACAAUUCUCGAUGAGCUUCAAAAUACAUGUAUAGCCGCUUCGCGAUUGUAGUGAAAAAUACACACAUUCAAAUAUAUAUGCAACAUAAGACGGAUGCAGUCGCUAGUAAAACUAUUGUGAAUGAAAAAUAGAACAGAAAUUAGAAAACACAAAACAACUGCAAGCACAUAAGCAACAUCAACAACAGCAGCAGCAGUAGUAGUAGCAGCUGCACACACACUGUGUUUAUUUCAGUAUUUUAAUUAGUUUUGGUUGUUUCGAAAGUAAUGUGUAACUUUUGGCAUUGCAGAUACCGGCAACCAUAUUGAACUUUCAUCAAUCAUCACAUCAGCUGUUUGUUGUGUCACACAUUUGGCAACGAGUUGAACAGCCAACAAUAUCAAUAAUAAUCGAUGUAAUGUAAUUUAUUCGAAUGAUAUAGAAAACAAAUGAUGGAACAUAAGCACACGCCAACCAGUCAAAUGAACUCAAUGAACUCGGAAAAGUUAUUAUCACAAAAUAUACAAUCAUCACAAAUUAUAUCAUCUAAUGCAAGUGCGACAAUAGGCACAUCGUACAAUAGCGAUGGCACAGCGUCUGGCGAUAAUAGAAAUGCAACAACUACGAUCUCGAACAUUACUGUAACACUGAGUCCAAAUUCAACGAUCUCUAGUACAAUGAAUGCGACAACAAUACAAAGCACGGCUAUGGCCACUGCCAGCGGCAGCAAUGGCGGUGGUGGCGGCGAAAAUAAAAGUGCAGCAACCGCAUCGAAUGCGUGCCAACCACGAUUACAUCCGAAAAAGCGUAAAUUCAAUAUCGCCGAUUUGGAAGAAAUUGAUCCAACAGUGCAUGCGACCAGUCACAAUCACAAUAGCAAUAAUAUCAACAACAACAACAACAACAACAACACCAUUAACACGAAUAAGAACAAUGGAAGCCAAAAUGGAACGGAUUCGAGUUUUGGUAACGGCGGAGGCGGUAUCGCUGGUGGUAUUGGUGCAUCCGUGUCAAUCAUCAAUCCUGUAUCCAUUCAUAGUGAUAUUACCGAUAAAGCAAACAACAACAAUAUGAGCUGGACAAUUUCCAAUGAUAAUGGUUUGAGAGCGAGCAACGCAAUCAUUGUGAACGUUGGCUCAACGCAGCAAACAAUUGCACGCCCAAUUGAACACACAUUGGUCGUCACAUCGAAUUCCCAUCUAAAUUCAGUCGUUCCGACGGCAAUUGUACACGAAGCAAAAGGAUCUCAUAGUCAAUUUAGUCAAAAUAGUCGAAAGACCGACAAUGGCUCAACGAAAACUGAUAGCGGUCCAUUAAUGAUAGUACGUAACGAGUAUCCAGUCAUUGCAUCACAUGAACAUUCUACGUCUAUAAAUUCAUCAAAUGCACCAUCGAAUAUACAUCACCGUUCGCCCCGCUCGAACGAACCACUCAAGUAUGGUGUGCAAUCCUCAUCGAUAAUACGCAUUGCACCGGCAGUGUCGGCAACGGUGGUGGCAGCAACCACAUCAUCAGCACCACCACCACCAGCAAAAAUGGCUGCAACGAUCGCCAACGAACAGCCACAGCUCGAUCUGAGCGAAUGGUGCAAUCAUCGUGUACUCGCCCGCCAAGAAGAUAUUUAUGUUGCGGGAAUUAUUCGUUCGGUUGACACAUCGAACACGAUUCUGGUGGAAUUCGAUUAUCCUGAAGGUACGCAGCAAUCGUAUUAUGAUGUUUUGGGAAACGGACGAUUUGAUAUAAUUAGCGAUGCAAGUCCAUCGGUUGGUGAUAUCAUGCACGGCACAAGAGUCGUAUGCUCAUCGCAAACCAAUCGCCAGGGACACACUUCGUUUAUCGAAGGUCAAAUUACACAAAUCUUAAAUGAUACAAAGCAAUUUGUGGUGCGCACCAUAGCCAGUGACCAAGUGAAAACCGUGAAACGUGCACAAAUCCGUCUUUUGCAACCGCCUUGGUGGGAUGAACUCAACGACAAUGACACAAACACUAUGAGUGAUAGUGCAUCAGCAUCAAGAGUUAUAACCGGCCAAGUGAAGUCAUUACAUGCCAUUGAACCGAAUAUGUACACGAAUACGAUGGCCGGAGCGGUUGCUGCUGCAGCAUCCAGCAAUACUCUCAAUCCAAAUGGCACUGUAAAUGCAACGAACCGAACCGUUAAAUAUGUAGCACCAUUACAGGUCCAUCACCUUCUUCCAACCGUACAGACAAGUGAAGAGCAUUACAGAACAGCGGCCACUUCACCGUUUACAUUGUCCAAUUCCAUCUCCGCCGAUGCCAUUCAAAAUGUGGGCUUACAUCAAGUGAAUGAAAAUCAAAUCCCACAGAUUAUAGUAUCGCAGCAAACGGCAAAUACAACCAUUCUGACAACAGCGCCGGGCGGUGCGACCAUUGAACGCGGAAUACCAGUAACCGAAGCGGAAAUGCGACGAUCACACCAACGGUCCUACGAUGAAUACGAAAGUGAUGAUGAGCUGAGACGCGAAGAUAUUAGCUUUACCAUAGAUGGAGAAAAACUGUCUGGUAGCAGUAAACGUAGCAGCGUACAAAGCCGUGGUAGUACUUCAAGUCUUAUUGAUAAUCGACUGACUCCCAGAUCUCAUGCUGCAACGCCACGUUCGCAAGCAGCAACACCACACAAAUUUAAUAAGGGUGAUGUGGUUCAGUCAGAGACUGGCGUUCGCAAAAAAUUCAAUGGAAAACAAUGGCGCCGAUUGUGUUCAAAUCCACAAUGCACAAAAGAAUCACAGCGUCGUGGCUAUUGCUCACGCCAUUUGAAUCAACGUGGUAAUGCCCUAAGAUCAUCGACAGGUCCAUCAUUCCAAAGCCGUUCAAGUAGUAAUACACAAGCUGAUGAGGAUACGUCUAGAGAAUCGGAAACAUCACCGAACUAUCGGGUAACAGGGCGCUUCGAUCAAGAGGAAACGGAUGUGGCAAACAUGUUGGUGUCUCUGAGCAGUUCACGUUCUGCGACACCAUCCUUUUCAUCGCCCACGAAUCAUGUGUCAUCACCGAUGAAUGCAAAUCAAUCGCCAGUGACGGUUGGUAAUCGCCAAAAUUUGUUCAUGCCAAUUGGCAGUCCUGCUGCUCAACAACCACAGCAACAGUAUAGUACGACACCGAGUCCAAUUUCGUACAGUUUGAAUUCGUCGCAAGUUAUUCGGCCGGAAUCACUUCGUCCACAAAUUGUAACUCAAUCGCAUCACUCACAAUAUCAGCAGCAGCAGCAGCAACAACAGCCACAGCAAGUGUCUCAAAUCGCGGCGCCAUCAAUCACCGUGACAUCACGGAAUAUAAUGAGCACUGGACAAAUCAAAGCUCCCCAAACACACGUAGCGCCCGCGAUGAAUUCAACACCAAAUGCCCAGACUAGCGUGAUUCGAAUUUCACCAGCAUCGUCCGCUUCUUCCAUAAUCGCAAAUAAUUCUGUGCACACGGCAUAUCAGCCAUUUCAUCCCGAGCAUGUGCCAGGAAUUGUAACGAAUUCGGGUCCCGUGAUUCUAACGACCGCGUCGAUUGCAUACAACAAUGGAACUGGUUCCGCAGUGAAUGAACAUGCAACCAUUCCAAAAAACGGAAUUAAUUCGGGGUCAGUUCAUUCAUGGACAACGCUAUUGCCAUUAAUUGACGCCCCGAAUAAAAAUCAGAAAACCACAACCAUUACAACGUCACACGUGAAACCCGAAUCAGCUAAUGUUCCAGCAUCGCAUGAUGAUCCAGACGAUGAUCAAAUCGAUGAUGAUGUGUUUGAGCAGCCAUCAGCUAAUGAUAUCAAUAACAUAGCAUCGCGACAAGCGGCCGUAAAUUUUCAGUAUCCCCAUCAAAGCCAACACUACCAGCCACAGUCAAACAUAGACGUAGAUAGACGAAAUAAUAGCUUAAAUACCGUCGAACGAAUGGACACAACGGAUGGAAAUUUUCAGCCACAAGUGAUGUCAUCUUCGAAUGUCACCAUGGCAACCAAUUCAGUUUUAACCAAUGCCAAUGGAAAUAAUAACGGUGAUGCUGGCACCGAGGCCGGCAACAAUUCCGGAUCGAAUCAACUGAUUGUGGGCAAUGUCAUGAUUCAAAACAGCCCGAUUAUUUUGAAAAGUCCUGCCGAAACGAUUGCCGCAGCAAAGCGUCGUACACAAUCGUGUAGUGCUGCUCUGCAGCAAGGUGGAAAUGGACCGCCAUCGGCAAAAGAGCCCCAAAGUCCGGCGACAAAGCAGAAAGAACCGAAAAUUCGUCGACCAAUGAAUGCAUUCAUGAUUUUCUCCAAGAGACACCGCGCAAUGGUUCAUCAAAAGCAUCCAAAUCAAGAUAAUCGUACGGUUAGUAAAAUUCUUGGCGAAUGGUGGUAUGCACUAAAACCAGAGGAAAAGAAUCGAUAUCACGAGCUGGCGAGUGAGGUAAAAGAGGCGCAUUUCCGUACUUAUCCCGAGUGGAAAUGGUGUUCGAAAGACCGUCGAAAAUCUUCAAGCUCUGGCAAAGAUGGUCGCGGUCGCACCGAUUCAAUUGAUGGCAUGGAUGAAAUCAGCCCAAACACACCAUCAGAGCACUAUCAAGGUGUUGAUUUACCGGUCAGCUCAUUCGCAAUGCCAUCGAAUCAUGACGAACCCGACCCAGCCAUGGACACAUCUGAACCACACACUUUUGCUAUUCCAGUUUCGGCUGCCAGCUUCAGUGUUAAUACGGCUGCCCAUGUGGAACCAGCUAUUGAAGUGAACAAUGAACCACAGGAUGAGUCUAUGUCAGACGAAGAACCGAUGGUGAUUGCUGAAGAAGAAGCACCAAGUGCCAAGGAAACCCAUGACAUCGAUUUAAAAUGUGCCGAAAAAGUAACCGACUCAGACAAUGAAGAUAAUGCGGAAUCAAUCGAAAGCAAAAUAAAGAAGGAACCCUUGGCGAACGAUGGUCAGCAAGAAGGAAAUGGUGCCCGUGAUUUUACUUGCAAACCAAAAGCGAUAAAGCCACAGCGACAAAACAUUGAAAGUCCCUUGCUAAACUAUCAACAGAUGUAUUUAAAUGCAUACUCUCCGAAAAAUCCAUCUGGAAUUUUGCCAUUUCAGCCAACUGCCGGCGGUGCAUUCAAAACCAUGCCGAUCAGUCCAAAGGACACAAAACCGAUACUGACAGCAGGUGGAGUCAUUGUAACGGAAAGUGAAAAUCAGGGUGACGUAAAACCAUCACCGCCCACAGUAUUUACUUUCACCAACGCAUCAUUAACCAGCAGUGGUGGAGACGGCGAUGUUGAUACAAAGCAGGAAGCGGUCGAUAGUGAAAUUGACGUGAAACCCUCGAUUCCUUCGCAUGUCAACAACAUUCAAUUGAGUAAAGCCGAAAUCACCAUAGUUCCGACAACAACAAACACACUCUCAUCUUCAUCAUCAUCAUCUUUCAUCAAAUGUGUAUCACCAAAUGUAUUAAUCGGCGGAAAUAAUACGAAUAAUAAUAGUUAUGUUGUGUUCGAAGCGAUUUACUAUGAUACCGGUUCGAAUGGUGUGCAAAAUCACUCGAAUCAAUUCGUUGUGGCCAAAGUGAAAAAUAAUCAUGUAACCAACGAUACGACGAUGGUUACAAAAAACGAAACCAGUGUUGCGCCAUCGAUUUUGGUAACAUCUGUUUCAUCGCCCUUAACCUCAGUGUUGCAAUGUAAUAAUACAUCAUCAUCAACAUCGUUGUCGUCGUCGUCGUCAUUGCAUAACGGUACAAUCGUUAAAAAACCCGGAAUCAUUUUAUUAACGCAAGCUUCGCUCAGUAAAUUGCUCAGUGCAAACGAUUUGAAUGUGAUUAACAAUAAUUCGAACACAAACACAGCCAAUCAUGCUCAUUCCCAUCAAAAUGAUACUAACAUUCGUAGCAAGUGCAAUUUUGCCAUUACUAAUUCAACUAAUCCAAAUUCAUCACAAAAUAAUAAUCAUUUAACAUCCGUUCUGAUGAUAAAUUCCACGUCCACGAUAGAAACGACCGGCGGAAUUGUAACGUUGACCUCGUCAACUGGAUCGAUGCAAUCAGCUCCCAAUCGCGAUACAACCGAUGAAAAUGGCAAGAACAACAAUCAACAGGUUUUAUCAAGCCGAAAUCUGCCAGCCACACCGAAAUCAAUGACCGAGCCGCAACACGUCACUGAACACUAUUCAUCUGCAAUUCGGUCAGAUAAUGAGGAUGCCAUGGACAACGAAACGAUUGGAGAUGAUGAAAAAACUGAAUACGAAUAUGGUGAAGACUAUGAUGAUUCAACGUCGGCCGACAAUCAACAAAGAUUUAUACUGGCACCGACGCCCGCCCAACUCGGCCGAGCUCCGUUACAGAGACGUUUGGGCAGUCUGGUUGGUGGAGACGCAAACAGUCAACCACAAAUUGUCAGCAACGAAGCCACUUUGCCCAAUACACAACCAAUAAUUCCGACACCAACUUCAGUGCCAUCCGCAUUGCCAACGCCAAAUUCAGCUGUCAUGGACGAUUCACAACAAUUGUCACCGAACAUGCAGAAGAAAUCAAUGUUCAAAAAAGGCAAAGGCGAAGAUUUAAACAAACGUGUCAUUUUUAGUGUUUUGCGGCAAGUGGAUUUUGAGAAAAAGUUUCAAACAUUGCCACGAUUCAAACCGGAAGAUUGUCAGUCGCCAAGUGCUAUAUCAGUGCCAUCUUCACCGCGUGUAUUCUCGCAGAACUAUCGCAAAAAGGCUCAACCGCAACAACAGCAUCAGCCACCACAUUCAGCCAAAUCAUUUUAUGAAGAUGACCAACAACCAAACAGUGCAAUAUCCACGGCCACACCACCCGCUGUGGUUGGUAACCGAUUUUUCGGGCCCGAUUUUAACAUUGAACAAGUCAAAGAUUUGAACACAAAUGAAGAUCGUUCACCACGUACACCGCGAACGCCAAUUCAAUCGCUUGGAAGUGCCAACAACGCGGCACCUCGUUCAUCACAGGACGUGGCCGCUGAGAAAGGACACCGCAAAACAUUGGAACAACGUCGUCAGCUUGUCAUGGAACUUUUCAAUACAUCAGGAAUGUUCCCUAGCUCAAAAGACACAACUGAAUUUCAGAUGAAGCACAGUGAUAUAUUUCCAAACAAGCAGAGUUUGCAGCUGAAAAUUCGUGAGGUUCGUCAGAAAUCGAUGAGUCAGCCAGGUUUCACGCCUGGUCCACAAUCGGCCGGACCAAUAACGCCAUGUGAAUCGAUUGCUGCUACACCGACAUCAACAACAUUGUCAACCACAAAUUCAAUAGAUGAUCAACAAUCCCAAAAACAAUCAAAUCAACCAUAAAAAAACACUUGGUUUAUCUACAACAACUUUUACCCAUCCCGUCAUCUGAAUAAAGAGAAACACGCAUUGUAAGAGACCCAAACGGCUUUCAGCUAAUUGUAAAUAAUGGAGCAAGAAAAAAACACACACGAAACCAAUCUCAAUCGAAAACGUAUGAUUGCAUCAUUGCGAUUAUUUUGCCGAAUGGAUUGUGCGUAUGCCUCAUUUGAGGCACAAAUCAUGAAUUUACAUUGAAAAAGAUUAUUAAAUGGAAACAAAACAAAAAAACAAUUGUUGAUAUAAGCUAAAUGUGAUUGCGUGAUUAGAAUUCUAUGCAUAUUUUCAGUGCGUCACACUCUGAAUUUAAACAAAAUAUUUUUUAAAAAAACACUAUACUAACUCCUUCCCAUCCCUUUUUCGGAUAAAUUCAAAAAGGAUGGCGAACCAUUUCAUUUUAUCCCAAUAACGACUUUUUUUUUUAAUUUGAAAAUACUUUUGUUUUAAACUUCUUUUUUUUUAAAUAAUUCUUCUAAACAAAUCUUUUAUCAAUUAUAAACGAGAAAAAAAGAAACUUUUAUUUACAUAAAUUGUGAGAGAAAAAAAAGGCAAAUGUUAUUUGUAAAGCAAUUUCAUUUAAGCAUCGUAGAGGAUACAACCACAAAUACAAUCUGUUACUACACUAGAUAUCGUUUAAGCCGGCAAAAUGCCAUCAAAUUUUAUCGAUUAACUCACACACAUACAUACACAAAGUAAAAACAAA